GUGUAGCUUUGCUGUAGUUCCGGUUUUCCACCACCAGGCGGCCCCUCCUGCUGUCAUGAAGCGACGUCACAAUGCGGAAGUAAACAGAGUCAGCAGCGCGAGCUUUACAUCCGGCCGGACUGAGCUGGAAGACGGCGGUGCUGCUGGUGUCGCAGAUGAAUAUUUCAGUAGUUAAAGUAAGAAUGUCUUCAGCUUUGAGAGAGCUGAUCAACGAGCGACUAACUGCUGCUGCUGAGGAAAUAUUCACAGAGUUUGAAAAAACCAUCGUCCAUUACGAGGAAGAGAUCGAUCGUCAGCGCAGACUGCUGGAUAACAUCUGGAAACCACAGAUAGCGUUACACACGACAGACAUCACACAGCAACAUGUGUGUAAGGAGGAGGAGGUUCUCGCUGAGCAGCAGCUGUGUAACCAAGAGAGGAGCUUCAGACUAGACCGGGAGGACCCAGAACCUCCCCAAAUUAAAGAAGAACACAAAAAACUCUGCACCGGUCUGGACCAUGUUGAACCAGAGCCUGCACAAAUUAAAGAGGAACAGGAAGAACUCUGCGCCAGUCUGAAUGAGGAGGACCCAGGGUCUCCACAAAUUAAAGUGGAACAGGAGGAACUCUGCACCAGUCAGGAGGGAGAGCAGCUUGUAGUGAAGCUGGAGACUGAUAUCUGUAUGGUGACUCCUACUUAUGAGGACAGUGACCACAGUGAACCUGAACCAAACAGUGACCAAGUUCUCUCUCACAGCUUUCCAGUAGCUGAAAGCCCACAUCAGGAUGGAAGCAAAUAUGUGAAAUCAGCAUCAACUGGAAUUGUCGAGCUGAAGACAAAGAGUAGACAUGACACUAACAGCAGUCACAGUGUAUACGGCUCUCCCACGUCGGAAAGUCCCUGUAAUACUGACACAGAGAAAAAGUGUGUUAAAUGUGAUGUUUGUGGAAAAGCCUUUAGGUAUAGGUCAGAAAUGAAGAAACACCACAGAACUCACACAGGUGAGAAGCCGUACCUUUGUAUCACUUGUGGAAAAAGAUUUUCUGCCUCUUCAGCAUUUAAAAAGCAUAAAUUAAUUCACACUGCUGAAAAACCGUAUGCUUGUAACUAUUGUGGAAAAAGAUUUACUGACUUGACAGCAUUUAAAAAACAUACAGCAAUCCACACAGGUGAGACACCGUAUUCCUGCAAAAUAUGUGGUAAAUUUGUCUCAAGUAAUGCGAUUUUGUUGGCCCACAUAAGAACCCACACAGGUGAGAAGCCUUACGUUUGCAAAGCCUGCAGGAAAAGGUUCAAUUCCAUGUCAGCACUGAAAACACACAUGAGAAUCCACACAGGUGAGAAGCCGUACCUUUGUAACAUGUGUGGGAAAAGAUUUUCUGACUCGUCAGCAUUUAAAAGGCAUACUUUAAUCCACACAGGUGAGAAGCCUUAUUCUUGUAAAACAUGUGAAAAAACCUUUAGACACAAAUGCCAUUUGACAGCUCACAUGAGAACUCAUACAGGUGAGAAACCUUUCCCCUGUGAGACCUGUGGAGAAAGAUUUCAAUAUGCAACAACUCUAAAAAAUCACGUAAGAACUCACACAGGUGAGAUGUCACACUCCAGAAACAUCUGUGAGAACACAGCUUCAAAAAUGCUUUUACAAAAAAGGUAGAUCUUUCAGAUUUAAAGCCCCUUAAGACUGUGGUUCAACAAUAUUCUUUAGAGUUUGUUGCAUGUGACAUUGUGAGAGAUGGUCUAAUAAAUUCUGGUUUCUGUCUGUGUCAAACUGUACAGUGGGUACAUGGUGACUUGUAUAGAAGUAUGUUGCAUUCUACUUUUAAGUCUCCUCUAUUAUUUUGGUUUGUGUGCGCAUCUAAACUUUAUUUUAAAAAAACACACACAUGAACUCUGUUGUUGAAGAUGAGAAAACUUCUAGUGCUCUGUGUCAAUGGAGGCCUGUAUUACGAAGCUGGAUUUGGGGUUAGCAGGGUAGCUUCAGGUUUAACUUGGGGUUUUCAAGGCUAUGAUGCUGGUCACUUCUUUCCAUGGUAACUUAUGCUGAACACCUAAGAGUUUUUAGAGCAGCAACUUUAAAGCCAGUUUAUUGUUCUGUAUGCUAUUGUAGAGCAACAUAAUCAUAAAACAGAAACUGAUUAAAACAGUAAAGCUUUACAGCCUACCUGUUGACCUUAUAUGAGUUGCAGUAAGUUUAUUUAUGGGUUUCAAUGACGUUUUAAUAUCUGUGGUUUACUUGCUCCCAGAGCUGUUUAAGAUUGGCAGUGAGAUUCCUGAUUUUAUCCUCCACAUCACCAUGGAAGUAGUUUUAUUUUUAUUACUUGAUUAUUUAUUCUUUGAUUUUGCCUUUUUUAAUGAGUAGCAUAAAGGGACUGCAUCUUUUAUUUUGUAAUACAAUCUUGUGAUGAUAAACUGAAUCUUAAAUCUUGAAUAAGAAACCUCCUUCUAAGCAGCUUACACACAACAUGGGGACAGUGAUACUAAGCUAUGUUCGGAGCCUGGUUGAUUUGACAAGUUGAUAGCCAGCUUUGCCGAGCUGCAGUAGUUAGGUUUAGUAAAGCCAGUCAGAUAUCCUGGAUAUGUUGAACUUGCUACGUAGUGCAGGCCUCUGGAGUCAUCCCUCGUUUGUUCAGAGCAUGAUUGAAUGCUUGUAUGGAUUUUGUGAUUUGCAUCAACCUCUGAUUUAGAAAUGGCAUUAAUUGUAAAAGAUGUAUGAUGUGGUGUUUUUGAAGGUGCUUUAGAAAUAAACUUACUUGUAUUAAAAUA